AUGCCUGGUUCGAAAUCAUCGCGGUCUGUCCUGGUGACGGGCACGCUUCUUUCGCUCGCAUCGCAGGCGCUGGGACACAUGGAGAUGAGCUGGCCUUAUCCCCUCCACAGCAAAUACAACCCUGCAAACAGCUACACUAUUAUUGACUACAGCAUGACAUCGCCAUUGAACAAGGACGGCUCAAACUUCCCCUGCAAAGGAUACCAGAACGAUCGUCCUUUUGUUCCUGUUGCUACUUACUCUGCUGGUUCCACUUACAACAUGACCAUUGCCGGUAGUGCCGUCCAUGGUGGUGGUUCGUGUCAGCUUUCGCUCUCUUAUGACAAUGGCGCAACGUUCAGAGUCAUCAAGUCGAUGAUUGGAGGAUGUCCCUUGACAUCGACUUACGACUUUACCAUUCCUUCUUAUGCGCCUGACGGAAAUGCUCUUUUCGCUUGGACCUGGCAAAACGAGAUGGGCAACCGCGAGUACUACAUGAACUGCGCGACCGUCUCCAUCGAAGGCUCGACUGCAUCUAAGCGCGACACAUCUAGUUUCGAGGCUCUUCCUUUCAUCUGGAAGGCCAACCUACCUGGAAUCAAUACCUGCGUUACUACCGAAGGUGAAGACCCUGUGUACCCUCUGCCCGGACCUGAUGUUCUUUACGGC